UUUUAUACUUUUUGCCACCCUAAUCCCUACGACUUUCGCAUGACUUUUAUCACUAACAAAUGAAAAAGUCGCAGUCUAUAAAAGGUGAAGUGACGCAAAACUUUUGCCAGUUGUAAGAGAAUCGAUCAAUAAAGCACAUGGUAUAUAGCUAAAUCAUCCAAGAGUAUAAUAAAACUUUGCCAACAUUGCGACGAGUCGAGAAUAACUUGCCAAAAUCAUUAAUAAAUUAGUACAGUUUGAACGAGUAAUAACAGUUGAGAAAACGUUACAUUCUUAUUUCGCAAAUUCCAUUUAUAUACCUAACCUCGAACCUUAGGGCUCGUUGAAAAAUCCAUCUGGAAUCAAAAAUACCAAAAAAGAGAAAACCCAACGAACAAAAUAUUCUAUAUCGCAUAAGUGCUAAUAAUAGCGCAGCACUUCGUAGUGCAACAUUUAAGACAUUGCAUUUUCUUAUUAUAGGAUUGUCCGAAAUUUCAUUCUAGUAUAUCAUGUCAUCUUUUUGCGGACUCGUGGAUGAAAUUCCCGGCAUCUCCGUAGAUUGCUAUGUCGAAGAGAAUUUAAACUCAUCGGUUUAUUUUUUAAGUCAUUUUCAUACUGAUCAUAUGAAAGGACUAAAUGAUAAUUUCUUUACUCAUCUGCUCAAUGAAGAUAAAAUAUUUUAUUGUAGUUCAUUAACAAAGCUAUUUUUAAUAAAUAAAUAUCCACAACUUUGUUCUAACCAAACAAAGCAAAAGCUGAUUGAAUUAGAACUAAAUAGUCCAACAUUAGUUAAAUAUAAAUUUUGUAACUCUGCUUAUUCUUUAAUGGUUACUAGUAUUUCAUCUGGCCAUUGUCCAGGUUCUUUAAUGUUUUUAUUCAAGUAUAAUGAUCUUACAAUUUUAUAUACUGGAGAUUUUAGAAUAAAUAUGAACGAUUAUAAUAAAUUAGAACCACUAAAUAUUAGAAUAGGUCACGAAAAUUUUCCAAUACCUAUUGACAAAAUUUAUUUGGAUACAACAUUUUUAAACUUGAAAUUCAAAGAAUUUCCUAGUAGAAAACAAAGUGUUGAACAAUUAUGUUCAUUUGUUAAUAAUUGGAUACAAAAGAAUCCAAAAAAUAUUGUCAUUUUAGAAAUAUCUGCUUUAAUUGGAAGUGAAUACAUUUACAUUGAAAUUUCAAAAGCAUUAAACCUCAAAGUGCAUGUGAAAGAAAACAUUUAUUCCGUAUACAGCAAAAUAGAUAUACUAAAAGAUCACAUUACCAAUAUCGGAGAAAUUACUCCCAUUCAUGCUUGUAUGAAUAAAAAAGAUAGUAUGAAAAAUAAAAAUAUAGAAUGUAGACCUGUUAUCGAUUCUGAAAAUAUUUUAACUGUUGUACCUUCUGCACAAAAAUGGUCUGGCAAAGAUACAUCCUGUAUGAUUUCCCAAGAUGAAAAUAGAUUCAAUACAAUAAAUAUUUGCUAUUCAACGCAUGCAUCUUAUAAUGAAAUAGAAGCUUUUAUUCAAUAUUUUAAACCAAAAAAAGUAUUUCCUUGCGUUUGUGAAAAAAAUGAAAAGGAAAUGAAUGAUCUAUUAGAUAAAAUCAUGCAAGAAAAAAUUACAAUUGACUCUCUGUCAAGUACAUCCAAACCAAUACAAGUUUCUUCAUACUCUAUAUUUUCUGAAAGUAAUUAUAAAUCUCGUUUUAUUAGCGAUGAUGAAGAUGAUUAAGCUCGAAAAGUGAGCAGAAAUUUAUAGCAUAUUUAAAAUAAUUUUAUUCCUAGUUUUGAUAAUUAAAAUAAUUGUAUAUUUUUGAAAAUAAAAAUUACAAUUUCUGUACUACUGAAUAAGUUUUGUAUCACCCAUCAUUUGUGACUGUGAC